AUGGGCGUUCCAAGGUCAAGUCACACCAAGCAUCGAUUCGAUCCGACACUUGAAAAGUUGCACUCAUUGCAAGUCACUUGGUCGAUUAUCUCAGCAACACUGCAAUACUUCCGAGAGCCUCGUUUCCAAAUGCCAGACAUAAACAAAAAAUCGUCAAAGCAGCAGCAGCAGCAGCAGCAGAAGCAUCGAGGGGAUAUUGACUCGUUAGCAAUGGCAAAACUCAAUAUGCGCGGCUUUCUGGAAAACAUCCUCUGCACAUCUGCCUUCCAUCACGCUCACUCCCGCUCACACCGCGCUUGA